AUGGAUUGUACUAACAAAAACUCAUCAAAAGAACAAAACGCAUGUAGAAAUCAUCAAGAUUUGGAUAGUGAGUUACUGUCUACUGAACAAGUUGAAGAACAAGCGGGAGUAAAAAGUACUACUACCCCUAUUACUAGUAGUAAGGGAACAGUGAGAAGGUUUCUAGGUGUAAGACAAAGACCGUCAGGAAGAUGGGUUGCGGAAAUCAAAGACUCUUCACAAAAGCUAAGACUUUGGUUGGGAACUUUUGAUACACCAGAAGAAGCAGCCAUGGCUUAUGACGAUGCUGCUCUCCUUCUUCGUGGAAGAGAUGCAAAAACAAAUUUUCCACAUAAAGAGAACAAUACCAAUACGCAGAACAGGCAUCGUGAAGGAAAUAUUGGUCGUAGUCAUUUAACUGCCAAAAAUCCAAGGUUUUAUCAACUUCUUCGACGUGCGAUUUUGAAGAAACACGCAAGUUCGUCGUCCACGGGAGAGACCGCUAAGGAAGGUUCUAGGAUGGUCGUGUACGAUGAGAAGAGAAGAAACGAAUUCGAUUGUUCGGUAGAGUAUAGCUCUAUUGUAGAAGAAACUGGAGCCUGCUGUUCGUCAAAUUAUGACCAUCAAAGAUUAUUCGCGUUUAGCAGUGGAUGCAAGGAAAGACUUGGAAUGAUGAAUAGUUAUGGGUUCUCAUCAUUUGGUAGUUGUAAGGUUUAUUCUUCUGUUAUUGUAGCCCCUUCUAAUACUGAUAUUGAUGGAGGAAAUGAUAAUAAAUCACCAGAAAGUAAAGAGACGCAGUCAGCAGCUGAUGAACAAUUUCUCGCACCUUGA